CGCUCUCUUUCCGUUCGGCCAGGGGAGGCUCAGAGGGAGCGCGUGGCGGGUGAAACUCGGCUGCCACCAUGCAGAUUUUUGUGAAAACCCUGACUGGGAAAACGAUCACCCUUGAGGUGGAACCCAGUGACACGAUUGAGAAUGUAAAAGCAAAAAUUCAGGAUAAGGAAGGUAUCCCUCCCGACCAACAACGUCUCAUCUUUGCAGGGAAGCAGCUGGAAGAUGGGCGCACGCUGUCUGACUACAACAUCCAGAAAGAAUCCACCCUUCACUUGGUUCUGCGCCUCCGCGGAGGAAUCAUUGAGCCUUCCCUUCGCCAGCUCGCCCAGAAGUAUAACUGUGACAAGAUGAUCUGUCGCAAAUGCUACGCCCGCCUGCACCCCCGGGCCGUGAACUGCCGCAAGAAGAAGUGCGGCCACACCAACAACCUGCGCCCAAAGAAGAAGGUCAAGUAAAGAGCAGGAGAGUC